AUGAACGUCGAGGAAGGCUCCUCAAACGAAUCAAACUCCAAUACCUAUAACGCGGCGCUCAAGCUUGCAGCUGCUCACGAUGGAAAGGAGGUGGACUCGGGUGUUGAGAAGAGACUGAUCAAGAAGAUCGAUUGGUACUUGAUGCCAUUGAUGUGCCUCACAUACGCCUUGCAAUACGACGACAAAGUCAUGAUCGGCCACAGUGCGAUCUUCGGACUGAGAGAGGAUCUAGAUAUUGUGCAAGGCCUGCGGUACUCCAACUGCACCAUGAUCUUCUGCUGUGGUUUCAUCAUUGGGUGCUUUCCCAUGGCUAUCCUGGGCCUUAAGCAUCCUACUGUCAAGGUAUGCACCGUCAUUUGCUUCCUCUGGGGAGCAGUUGUGCUCUCCACCCCAGCAUAUACCUCAUAA